AUGGACUUUGUCAACCUCCAGAAUGAAGAUGAGAUGCUUAUUGACGAACAUGAAUCCCAAAUCACUAAAACGGGAGAGAUGGACAAUGUCAGCCUCAAUGAUGAAGAGGCAAUCCUCAUUGACCAAGACAUCUCAAACAAUGAUAUGGACGUUGUCAGCCUUGACAAGGAGGAUAUGAUGCUUAUUGACCAAGAUGGCUCAAACAAUGGAGAUAUGGAUGUCUUCAGCCUCGAUGAAGAUGAUGUCAUGAAUAUUGACAAGGAUGAGAUUAUGGUAUAG